AUGAUGCACGCUGCCCUCCUCUUCUCCCUCCUCGGUCUCGCCGCGGCCGGCAGUCCCAAACCCGCUAAACAAACCAAAGUCCUCUUCCCUUACGAAAAAACCGUCCUGACCCCCUCCUCCAUCCGCUCUUUUCCCUCCCUCUCCUUCGGCGACGCAUCCAAACCUGUCCGUUCCAAGCCCAAAUGCCGCGCCUUUCCCGGGACAUCUGACUGGCCUUCGGCCACGGAAUGGUCCAAGUUCGGCAACUUCCUCAACGGCUCACUGCUUCGACCCGAGCCAGCACAGGCGGCGUGCUACCCUGGCCCGCUGCAAAACCAGACACGUUGCCAGUGGCUCGCCACCCAAGCAGGACAGACACACUUCUGGCUUGAUGAGCCGUUGACGACGCUGACGGAGUGGCCUCAGGGGAGCACGUGCGUGUUGAGUGCUAACGCCACGGGGGAGUGUGAGAGGGGUGGGUGGCCAGAGUAUGUGGUUAAUGUGACGAGCGUGAGGGAUGUGCAGGCUGCGGUGAACUUUGCGAGGAAUAAGAACUUGAGGGUGGUGAUCAAAAAUACCGGCCAUGACUUUGGUGGACGGUCGAUGGGUGCUGGGUCGUUGAGUAUUUGGGUACAUAACCUCAAGACCUUCGAAUAUCUGCCCAGCUUCACGAUGGGCAAGUACACCGGUCCUGCGGCGCACGUCGGGGCUGGGAUCGAGUCUUUUGAGUUGUUUAACCACAUGUUCAAGAGUAAUAUCUCGCUUGUUGGACCGGGCUGGGGGACGGUUGGUGCUGUGGGGGGUUGGGUGUCUGUUGCUGGGCAUGGGACGUUGACAUCCAAGUAUGGGCUUGGGGCGGACCAGGUCUUGUCAAUCAAUGUUGUUACUGCCGACGGACAGUUUCUGACGGUCGAUCCGUUCAACCAUGAGGAUUUGUGGUUUGCGUUGAGGGGUGGUGGUGGCAGCACCUGGGGCGUCAUCACCUCCGUCGUGGUCAAAGCCUACCCUCCCAUCAACACCGUCACCGUUCCCCUCAACUUCGGCAACAUCGGCUUCCCAAGCAACUCCACCGACGGCACCUACCCCCUCCCCAUCAGAGUCGCUACAGGCCAACCUCCCCCCAACACUAACUUCAUGAAUAAUAAACCAGACCAGUUCUGGGAAGGCGUCAAGAUCUCCUACCACUACUGCCUCAAAGUCCAAGAGCUCGGCGGCUACUGCUUCAGCUACAUUUUCCCCCUCGGUAACAAUAGCUUCGCCUUUACCUCCAACCAAAUCAUCCCCAACAUCCCCGCCUCCGAAGCCAUUGCCGCCCUUCAACCCCUAUACACUCAGCUCAACGCCCUCUCCAUCCCCGUCUCCCUCCCCUCAUCAGGCCAAAUCCCCCCAACCCUCUACGCCGGCAACGGCCAAAGAACGGGCUCCUCCAACCCAGCCAACACCCGCUACCGCUCCCGCCUCUUUCCUCGCAAGAACCUCGUCGACCCCGCCCUGUGGAACAAGACCUUCGCCGCCAUCCGCUCGGGCGUUGAAGAAGGCGGUCUCGUCUUCCACGGCUGGGGUUACGCCCCAACAUGCAAAAAGGCUGGGUAUCCCGGGUGUGAGAACAGUGCUGUCCACCCCGCCUGGAGGGAGACUGUUCUCUCUGCUGCGCUCAUGGAGGUUAUCCCUGCUAGGUGGACAGCUGCUCAGGCAAAGGCGAAUGAUGAGCACACAUAUAAAUACACCGAUGUGUUCAAGCAGUUGACGUCCGGGGCGGGGUCGUAUAUGAAUGAGGGGGAUCCGGCGGAGAAGAAUUGGCAGGGUAGCUUUUUCGGAGUGAAUUAUAAGAAACUAUUGAAGAUCAAGGGGAGGAGGGAUCCGUGGGGGUUGUUUUGGGCGCAGACGACGGUGGGAAGUGAGGAGUGGAGGGUUGCGACGGCGGAUGGGUACCCUGCUGGGCAGAAUGGGAGGUUGUGUCGUGUUUGA